CCGGCUGGGGGGUUUGGCGCCCGCCCGGCUCCCCGCGGCAGCGUCCCCGACAUGCCCCAGGAGUUGUGCGUCCACACCCCGGCGAGCCCCGGGGCAGGCGGAGGACCCGGCGAGGGGCCGGGCUGAGACCCGUCAAACUCGCUUCGUGCCAGGGAGGUGACGCUCGGGUGGCCGCGCAGGCGGCGGGGGAGGCGGCAGUGGCCGGUGACCUUCAGCGCCCCGGGUGCCACGUCCGGGGAUGAGCGGUGAGGACGAUGGCCAGCCCGGAGGACGACCUCAUCGGCAUCCCCUUCCCCGAGCACAGCAGCGAGCUGCUCAGCUGCCUCAACGAGCAGCGGCAACUGGGGCUGCUCUGCGACGUCACCAUCAAGACGCAGGGGCUGGAGUACCGGACCCACCGCGCCGUCCUGGCCGCCUCCAGCCGCUACUUCAAGAAGCUGUUUGCCGGGCCGGGGCCGGGGCAGGAGGUCUGCGAGCUGGACUUUGUCGGGCCGGAGGCAUUGGGAGCCUUGCUGGAGUUCGCCUACACGGCCACGCUCACCAUCAGCAGCGCCAACAUGGGCGAGGUGCUGCGCGCCGCGCGGCUGCUGGAGAUCCCCUGCGUGAUCGCCGCCUGCGUGGAGAUCCUGCAGGGCAGUGGGCUGGAGGCGCCCGGCCCCGAUGACGGCGACUGCGAGCGCGCCCGCCGCUACCUGGAGGCGUUUGCCGCCCUCCCCGAGGGGGACGCGCCCGCCGCGCCGCCCCCGCGCCCUGCUGCCCGCCGCAGCAAGAAGACCCGCAAGUUCCUGCAGACCCACGGCGCCCGGCUCAACAACCACGCCGAGGAGCCGCCCGCCGAGGGCGAGGGCUGCGGCAGCCCCCCGCCGCCCCCGCAGCCGCCCUCGCCGCCCCUGCCCGAGGGGCUGCCGCUGCCCUACGAGAGCUUCGAGCUGCCCGAGGAAGAGGAGCUGCCCCCGCACCCCUUCCCCUUCCCCUACCAGCCCAUGUCCCCCGAGGAGGCCGCCUCGGACGAGGACGCCAUCGACCCCGACCUGAUGGCGUACCUGAGCUCGCUGCACCACGAGUCGCUGGCGCCCGGGCUGGAUACGCCCGACAAGCUGGUGCGGAAGCGCCGCUCGCAGAUGCCGCAGGAGUGUCCCGUCUGCCACAAGGUCAUCCACGGCGCCGGCAAGCUGCCCCGCCACAUGCGCACGCACACGGGCGAGAAGCCCUUCGCCUGCCAGAUCUGCGGGGUGCGCUUCACACGGAACGACAAGCUGAAGAUCCACAUGCGCAAGCACACGGGUGAGCGGCCCUACUCCUGCCAGCACUGCAGCGCCCGCUUCCUGCACAGCUACGACCUGAAGAACCACAUGCACCUGCACACGGGCGCCCGGCCCUACGAGUGCUACCGCUGCCACAAGGCCUUCGCCAAGGACGACCACCUGCAGCGGCACCUCAAGGGCCAGAACUGCCUGGAGGUGCGGACCCGCCGGCGCCGCCGCGACGAGCCGCCCCCGCUGCCCGCCGGCCCCGCCGGCCUCGACCUGUCCAACGGGGAGCUGGAGGGGCUGCGCCUCUCCAUCGCCCGGUACUGGUGUCCCGGGCGGCCCAAGGAGGAGGAAGAGGAGCCGGAGGGUGAGGAAGGGCCGCAGCCGGAUGGCGAUGUGCCGGCGGAGACGGCGUGAAGGGGCGGCCGCGCCGGCGGGUGCCACGCCGUGCCGUGCCCACCGCGGUUUCUGUUCCCGUUUCUUCCCCGUCACGGUUCGUUCCCAGUUAUGCAAAGGGGGGAAACUCCCCCCCUGGCUGAUUUGCACAAUGGGGUGGGGGGGUCCCCACCAUCCCCGGGAUCCCCCCCCCCGCGCCGUGCCCGGGUGAGUGGGGGGGGUGAGGGGGAAGUGAGACCGGGGUGUCACCCCCCAACACACCUCCUCCCCCCCACCUAAAGCGGGGCCGGGACUGAGCGCACCCCAAAACCAACCGGGGACAGCGCGAGGCGCCCCCUGGCGGCCCCGCCCCGCGCUCCCCCCGCUUGGCAGGGACCCCCCCCGCGCUGUAAAUAGCUUGUCCCCAUUGUCCCCCCCCCAACCCCCAAAAUCCCGAGCAGCCCCUCCCCGGCGAGCCCCCCUCGCCCCUGCACUCCCGGCUGCUUUCUCUUGGUUGCACUAUUUGGGUGAACCCACCCGGGUGAGGGGCAGCCCCGGCCCCCACCCGACCCCCCCCCCAAAAUCCCCGACCCCCCCCAAAUCCCCUCGGCCCUGUGGGACCCCCCCUCCCAUCCCCAGCGGUCACCCCUCAGCCCUUUGCACAUGCCCCCCCCAGGGCGCAGCCCCCCCCGCCCAGGGGGAGCAGGGGACCGGCACUAUUUGCCUAAAAAAUAAGAGUUUAUCUAUAUUUAAAAGAAGAUGAUGUAAUAUAUUCCCCCCCCCGGCCCCUCCGCUGCUGCCCGCCCGCGCUGCCCGGCCCCCCCGCGUGUCUGUCCCUUGCCAUGGGGUGCCGGGAGGGGUGAUGGGGACGUGGGGCUCUGGGCUCCCGUCGUGGCUUUCAAAGUGCCUUAAUGGUGAACUUGAAAUUUUUCGGCUACUUGAACCUCUUCUGGUGUCAGGAACCAAAAGGAAUAACCGGCGGGCGGCUGCCCCCCCGCCCCGCCGGCCGCCUCUGUCUGUCUGUCUGUCUGUCUGUGUUUGUUUUUUUAAACCGAAGGCUGCUUGGUAAUAAACGGAGAAGCAGGGA